GUGCGCCUUUGGCAAUUGCACGGAUGGUCCCUGGAACUGCAAUGAUUGUGAAAAGUGUAAUAGAAUUUUCUAUACCUACAGKGACCAGGUCUGUAGGAGAAACCCGGACGAUCCGAUUUACGGGGAGUGCGUCAAAAUCGAUAUCACUCAGGUUACGUACCAGGACAGCAUCGUGUGGCGCGGACUCGACUGUAUCAUCAUCAGGAUCAAAAUGGACGGAUGAACAAGAUGAAGGAUCAGAAAGAAAGGCGACGACAUGUCGCCGAAGAGGACAAGUCACCGAAGUCUCAUCGAAGUAUCAUCGUCCGCGUCGGUGAAGUUUCUCCACGUUGGCCUCUUCUCCGCGUCAGUCAAUCAAUGGAUACCGGGAGGAGGGGAGGAGGGGAGGAGAGGAGGAGAGGAGGAGAGGGAGAUCCUCCUCUUCUCUCUUCGUCGUCCUUCGCCUGCUCGUUCUCUGGCCGCUCGUACAACAGCCUGGAUGACAUGUGGACGCUGGGAAGACAUCAGUGAAAUGGGUAUUGAGGAACGGGUUGGAGGAGGGGGAGGAGGGGGAGGAGGGGGAGGCGACGGUAAGGAGGACGGGGAGGAGGAGGAAAGGAAGACGGGGAGGAGGAGGUGGAGGAGGAGGUGGUAAACUGACAAUGACGGUGGCAUGGCAUCGACAAACACCUCCUCUUCUCCUCCUCCUGGCCCUCCCCUUUUGCAGUAGCUUCACAAUGCAUCCUCUAGGAUGGGUUCGUCUCCGUUUCUGUUUUGCAUUCUUGAUCGAAACCCAGCGCGUCCGGGAACACAAGAAAAAAAAAAAAAGGAACGCAUCGUACUGCCGGCCGCCUUGGGGAAGUUCCUACAGGUUUGAGGAUGUCCAGAAUCGUCAUAGGCUCAUAGCCUCAUAGGGGGAAUUGACAGAGUAACGUCAUAGUCACACUACUUGACUACUGAAUUUGGUCACUAUUUCUGGUCAGAUACGUCCCGGGUCAGCAUCGCUGUUCCUUCUGGAACUUGCUGCCAAUUGGUCUUCAUGUCUACUGGUCUGUUUAUAGCUGCAGUGUGACCGGAGGGGUUGAACGGAGUAUCACGCCUAUUCG